CUGUCCUCCCUCCCCUCCUUCUCUCUUCAUGCAUCCCUCUCUCUCUCUCCCCCCACAGACAGGGGCGGUCGUUCUCAGUCUGCGCACAUUCCACUUGGCCAGCAUCCCUCGGACUCCACAGAUUGAACAAGCGGAGAGGGGAGCUCAUUCUCAGAGCGCAUCAUUUAGCGGGGCUCCACUAGACUGUCAGCGGCCAAAGCGGGAGAGAGGCAGUAAUUCAACCACGCCUUUCUCAGUAAAUAAAAGGAGAGCAGUCAAGGUGUAGAAUAGAUCUUAAUAUCUAUUUUAAAAGGACUUGCGUGAGUUCAUUUUUAAAAGGCUAAGGGAUUUUUUCUUACUUUCAUAUUUGGGAGGAGGAGACUCCAUCAUCAGUUCUACGGUCCGCUUCUCUGAUGCACAUAAAAAUAAAAAUAAAAGUUCAAGUGGAAAAUCUUUUGGACCGCGCCACAGUCUCUACAUUGAUGUUCCGAUUGGACUUUUGUUUUAAACCUACAAUUUCACUCUCACUGGAAGAGGAUAUAUAACUUUUCAACUGGUGUUUGUGGAGAAGAGAAGCUGAGAUCCGGAGGAUUCUUGCCGCUGAGCCGGGAGGGAGUGCACAGCGCCGGCGGAUUCAAGGUGAUGACGGAGCUGAGUUGAAUAUGGAGAUUUUCUGGAUUUUCUUGUUUUCCGGUGUGCAUCCUCUUGUUUGGGGGCAAGGAGUUUACGCUCCAGCUAAUGCACAGAUUGUGCACUCCGGUGCAGCAUGUAACGUCAAGGAUGAUAACAUAAGCGAAAGAAUUUACACCAUCAAAGAAGGAGACACACUGGUGCUGCAGUGUAUUGUUAAAGGACACCCACGACCACAGGUGCGGUGGACAAAGACAGCAGGCAGUGCUUCAGACAAGUUUCAGGAAACAUCCAUCUACAAUGAGACACUGCGGAUCGAAAACAUCCAGCGGGUGCAGGGGGGCCGCUACUACUGCAAGGCUGACAACGGGGUGGGGGUGGCUGCCAUCAAGUCCAUCCGCGUAGAUGUGCAGUACCUAGAUGUCCCAGUUUUGACUGUGCACCAGACGGUCGGCGAUAUACGUACAGGUUUCUACCAGGAGAAGACAGUAUUCCUUCGCUGCACUGUCAACUCCAACCCUCCUGCAAGAUUCAUCUGGAAACGUGGCGCUAUGGUCAUCGAACAGAGCAAAGACAAUGGAGUGGACAUCUAUGAACCUCUUUACACUCAGGGUGAGACUAAGGUGCUAAAAUUGAAAAACCUAAGGCCCAAGGAUUUUGCCGACUACACUUGCCAAGUGUCUGUCCGCAAUGUGUGUAACAUUGAAGAUAAAUCAGUCACCUUCAGGCUAACAAAUGCUACAGCUCCCCCAAUGAUCCGGUUGUCAGUCAAUGACAGUUUGGUGGUAGAUCCUGGCCAAGAUGUAGUUAUGACCUGUGAGGUGACUGCAGGUUUACCUCUGCCCACUGUGACAUGGUCCCGCUACCCUGGACCGCUCCCGCUCAGUGCCCAAGUCCGGGGGCCAACGCUGGUUUUACGUGCAGUCACACCAGCAGAUGCAGGUUUCUACAACUGCACAGCGACCAACAAUGUGGGCAAUCCCGCGCGCAAGAACGUCAAUCUUACUGUCAGGACAAUGAGCAACCUGACUUUCCAAAUCACACCGGACUCUAACAAGGACAGUGAGACCAUCCAAAUGGGUCGGGACCUGAAACUGUCAUGUCACGUUGAUGCCACUCCACAGGACAAAGUCAACUACACCUGGUACAAGAAUGGUGCUCCUGUCUUCAACUCCGAUAGCCUGAUAUUACUGCGCAGCGACCCAGAUAUGGCACCUGGCACAAGUAGCUUGGAGAUUGUGGACAUGAAGUUCAGAGACCUGGCUAUGUACAGCUGUGUGGCAAACUUCCCAGGCAGCAGGGUGCCAGAGCUUCGUGUGGAUGUCAACAUCUCCCAAAACAGUGUCACUCCUCCAAUGAUAUCAGUCCCACCAGGAGGUCAGAUUGUGAGUGUGCGUGAAGGAGGGAAUGCCGAGUUGGUUUGCCUGAUUGAUGGCAAACCCCGUCCUCCAAUUCUGUGGUCACGGACAGAGAAAGAUUUGCUAAUGCCUUCGGGGAAGCCCGCGAUGGAAACACCAGAUGGCCGCUUGAGGCUAAGGAAUGUCAGCCGGGACAUGAUGGGACUCUAUCGGUGUCAGACAGCUCCGUACAACGGCCUUAACAUCAAGCGCAGAGAGGCACAGGUCCAACUGAAUGUGCAAUACCCUCCCAUGCUGGACCCAGUCUUUCAGGAUGUGCGUUCUAGGAACUUUCAGAUAGUGACCUUGAGAUGUGCUGUGCUGCGGUCCAACCCUCCUCGCCUAACAGAUAUCCGCUGGCAACGUAACGGCGAGUUCACCCGAAUGUCUAUGCCAGACCUGAAGCAGACACCAGAGCUGAAGUUCAAGCUGGAACCCACUAGCAAUGGCACAUAUGAGUGCCGAGUCAGCAAUAGUGCAGGAACAUCAACAUGCCGGUUUAAUGUCUCUGCACAACCAUACAAUGCUGAGUUUUAUUUUGAUACACCAAACCCAGUGCGGAUUCUAAAGGGAAAUAAUUACUCCUACAACCUGCAGUGGACACAAAGGGACCCCCAGGCCACAGACCGUAUCAUUGGCUACUGGCUAAAUGUUCGUCAGAACAAGCAGAACCUGGUCUCAAAGCAAAUAGACCUGAGGGGUAAGGAGCCAGAGAAGGGUGUGCUGAUGUCCCACACAAUAACAGACCUGAGAAUCCCUCUGUCCUAUGAGGUUCGACUGGCUCCCAUCACCACCUACAGCACAGGGGACUAUGUCAGCCGAAUCAUUCUGUACUCAGAGCCCUACACCUACCCACGAUCUUCAGACCAAGUGUGUGGGUUUGAGGAUGAGCGGAUCUGUGGUUUCUCUCAAGACCGAAGUGAUGUAUUUGACUGGACGAGGCAGAAUAAUCUGACACACAAUCCGAAGCGAUCUGCCAAUACUGGCCCAGAGACCGACCGAAGUGGAACAAAGGAGGGGUAUUACAUGUACAUUGAGGCAUCACGACCGCGUGCUCAAGGCGACAAGGCUCGUCUCCUCUCUCCACUUUUUAAUGUGUCUUCAGUCAGGGGCCCCAAGGGUUCUGGCCGAGUCCCGUACUGUGUCUCCUUCUACUAUCACAUGAAGGGCAAACAUAUUGGCACACUCAGUGUUCUUCUGAGAGUGAGAAGUAUUGCGCCUGUGGACUCAGUGGUGUGGACAAAAUCAGGUCAUCAAGGCCCAGACUGGAGGAAAGCCUUUUUUGCCAUCAACCCCAGUGGACCCUUCCAGAUUGUGUUUGAAGGAAUCCGAGGCCCAGGCUUUGAGGGGGAUAUCGCCAUUGAUGAUGUGUCUAUCACUGUUGGGAAGUGCAAGCAGGAGAACACUGUAGCCAAUGCAGGUAAGACAGUUCUUAUUGGAGGAUCACGCUCACUCCCACUGGCCAGGUGGCUGAUCUUUGGCCUCUCCUGCUUCCUCUCACUCCUCUACAGAUGAUGGGCACUUUCCACAAGACCACCACCUGUCUGUACUGACAGACACUGCCCUGACUUGUGUUUUUUUAAUUCCCUCUUUAUCCUCCUGUCUGCCCUGUACAUGUGUCGUCACUUGUCUGUCCCCCACACUCGCUGUCAUAUCUCUCCUGCCUUAUAUCAGUUUUACUCCUCUAUCACAGAUAACACACCAAUUGUCAGCUUUUUGUCCUCUUCUUCCUUUGACUGUUGCAGCAUUUAUACACAGAGUAUGAGCAACUGACUCACAAUCAGUAUUAAAGGUUGUCGUAUUAUAGUAAAACUUUGAUCUUAAGCACUAUGGUAGGAACACCUUAUUCAUGUGUCUCUUUCUUGCCUUCUUCUCUGCUUCAUCGACCUAGUUUGUCCAUGUGCAUCCUUUGUACACCCCCUCCCCCCAGCACCUUCUGCCACUAUCCCCCACGUUCCUGGCACCCUAUUCCCAGGCACACCAAAAGUGUCGGACACGCUACCAAAGAUGACAGAGAACCCGAGGGAAUAAUACGAGAAAACAGCGAUUGCAAAAAGAAAAGUGAGAAAGAAGGCUAUAAAAGAUUAAAAAGGAGAAAAAAAUUAUUUUUUACAAGACUGCAAUCGUUUUGCAUCAUUCUUUUGGGUAGUUGGGAACUACUGACAAAGAGAUGAAGAGCCAGAUGAAUGAAUAAAGCAAAUAAAUAGUUUGUGGAAAAGGACGCAUAUAAAGAGGAUAAUGAAAGCUGAGUGCCCCCAGUAGCCUCUCUGCUUGCCACAAGAGACAAACCUCAGUGCGGAUUAUACAUGUACAUUUAUUACUCUCUAUACAUAUAUAUAUAUAUAUAUAUAUAUACAUAUAUAUAUAUAUAUUAAAUAUAAUACAAUUUUAACUAAAAGACUAUGAGGACAAUGGAGGACUGUAGUAAGUGAAAUUAAAGAAGCACAAUGUUUAUACUACUCUGUUGUACUUUUGGGUUUUAUUUCACUUCUUAUGUGAUGUCGCAGUCAAACUUAUUCAAUGCUUUUGAUAUAUAUAUAUUUUUUUGUUUGUUUUGCCAUUCUAAGGAUCAAGGACAAUGAGUAAUAAAGUAUUAUUAUAUUAUUAUCUAUAAGACAUCUAUAAGAUGAUUUAUGAUCUUGAACCUGAUCUGAGCACCCAGAGGGAAUACACACAUGACCCAAGCCAUCUGGAUAGAAAACCCUACCUUUUCUUUGCACUAACACAAAGGAUACAAACCCUCAGGCAUACAUUACAUUAAAAGACACUCAUCUAUUGUUGCUGCCAUUACCGUAGACCCUGCAGCAAACCCUCUUCUUGCAUAAAACAGAAGGAAAUAUAUGAAUGGUUGGAUUUCUAACUACUACAUUAAUGCACUUGUUUAUGUAAAAAUGAACCAAAUGUUUGAAUUACUAAACAAAAACUGAUUCCUUAUAUGAAUACAAUUACAGUAUUGUGAAAUAAUAAUAAGAAAAACUUAAGUAAGUUUCCUAAAUGUAUUUUUAUUUAAUGCCAUGUAUGUCAUCUCAUACAGCAACAUGUCUAUGUCUGCCAGGUGGCAUGUGUUGAUUGCAUUAUAUAAGUUAUAAUUAAUCAAGUAGUGUUGCUUUUAAUAAGCUUUCAUAAUCCCAUUUACUUGAUUGUUAAAUUUAAGCAGGACUCAAAUUUAUCAAAAUAAAUAUCAAUGUGCAGAUGAAUCAAUUUGAAAAAAAACAACACAUCAUAAUGGAAGCUUUAUUCAUCCUUCAUUAUUAAAUAGAAUAUAGUCAUGCUUUGCUACACAAUGCUUCAUCUAAUUGAAAAUAUCUCUGUCAGUUGUUAAACUUAUUUUAAUGUGCUUCUGUACAUUGAUCAUCUUCAUUACCAUGUAUACUGCAUGUGAACCUGUCUGUUCUUUCCUGUACUCACUUAUAUCUGCGUCAUGUCAACCUUGAGUUGAUCAUAGCAUUUCUUUUCCUCAUGUUGUUUCUUUUGUUUGUGUUUUACAAAGCUAAAUUGUUGCUUUUUUGAAUACUAAGUGGUACAUAA